AUGGAGCCUGAUGAACCUAGAAAGAGGAAGGCCUCCUCCGAGGCAGCUUCCCCGCAUUCUCAACUUUCUAACAAGAAAGCCCGAACUCAGUCCCCGGAUAAGACGAAAAUGGACGAGGAGGAAGAUGGCCCGCCUAUCAAACCCGAACUACGCAUUGUUCCUUUCCCCGAAAAGCCUGCCGUGAUCGAAGAGCGUCAGGGCGAAAUUGAAUUCCGAGUAGUCAACAAUGACGAUGAACACGACAGCUUUGUCAUUCUUACUGGUCUGAAAUGUCUAUUCCAGAAGCAACUUCCCAAGAUGCCCAAGGACUACAUCGCUCGACUGGUUUAUGACCGAGCGCACUUAUCCAUUGCUAUUAUCAAACAUCCACUGGAGGUUGUCGGAGGGAUCACCUACCGACCUUUCAAUGAUCGUAAGUUUGCGGAGAUUGUGUUCUGUGCAAUUUCAUCGGAUCAACAAGUCAAGGGAUAUGGUGCUCACCUGAUGUCCCACCUUAAGGAUUACGUUAAAUCCACAUCCCCCAUCAUGCAUUUCCUCACAUAUGCCGAUAACUACGCUAUCGGAUAUUUUAAGAAGCAGGGUUUCACCAAGGAAAUUACGUUGGAUAAGACCAUUUGGAUGGGUUAUAUCAAGGAUUACGAGGGUGGCACCAUCAUGCAGUGCACUAUGAUUCCUAAGAUUCGGUACCUCGAAGUCGGUCGAAUGCUUGUCAAGCAAAAGGAGGCUGUGCAGGCGAAGAUUCGCGCAUUCAGUCUGUCCCAUGUUAUUCAUCAGCCUCCUAAGGAGUGGAAGAAUGGAGUGCGCAAGAUUGAUCCUCUUUCCAUUCCUGUCAUCCAGGAAUCUGGAUGGUCGCCCGAUAUGGACGAAAUGGCUCGUCAGCCACGCCAUGGACCUAACUAUAAUCAACUGCUUCAUCUUCUGAACGAAAUGCAGAAUCACACUUCAGCUUGGCCUUUCACGCAACCCGUCAACCGCGACGAGGUUCCCGACUAUUAUGAGGUGAUCAUGGAACCUAUGGACUUUUCCACAAUGGAGGAGAAGCAUGAAAACGACAUGUAUCCGACACCGCAAGAAUUUAUCAGGGAUGCUUCAUUGGUCUUCGACAAUUGCCGCCGAUACAACAACGAGACUACUGCAUACGCGAAGUGUGCAAACAAAGUCGAGAAGUAUAUGUUUCAACAGAUCCGGAACAUACCGGAGUGGUCGCAUUACGCAGAGAAUCAUUAA